AUGCCAAAGAAGAAAAAGGCCAAGAAGGAGACGACAGUAGUUUCGUCCGUGAAGGAUUCCAAACCGUCAUCGUCAGAGCUACCCUCCAAUCUCCUCUUGCCGGCCUCCAAGAUAUCGCCCAAGAAAUGCUCUGUGGAAGAGCUACUCCCCGGUUUCAUUGGUGUAGUCCAUAAUUUUUUGACGGACACUGAAUGUCAGGCAUGGAUCGACUUGGUCGAAACCCAGCAAACGUUGGAAUACGUGCAGCAUCCGGCCAGUCGCUAUAUGGCGCAUCGAGAAUGCUUUCGAUGGCAACGAAACGACAACCGUAUUGCUGACACGUUAUUUGAACGCAUACAGCAGUGUGGAGUGUUGCCGACACUCGCCUUUCCAAACGAAAUCCAACCACGAGCCUGCAAUCCCAACAUUCGACUCUACAAAUACGAAAAAGGCAUGAGCUUUGGCAAACACAUUGAUGAGAGCAAUGCAGUGGCGGGAAUUGGACAGACCGAAGUCACCGUGUUGGUAUAUUUGUCCGAUUGUCAAGGAGGAGCGACUCGGUUCUAUCAUCCUACGGGCAAGAAGAAGGAAAAGAGUAUCGCCUUUAGUCCCCAAAAGGGGGCCAUGUUGCUGCACAUUCAUGGCGAUCGCUGUUUGGAACAUGAAGCAGAUCCUGUCGUGCAAGGACUCAAGUACAUUUUGCGAACGGAUGUUGUGUAUGGAGUUUGA